CAUCCCACCUCGCGUCGACUAAAGCACACCAGACAGCGGCCUUUCAAUCUACCACGAUGCCACCACCCAGUAACUAAUAUCGCACACCUCGAUUGCAUAAUCAGAAAUGGCGCUUCCCCUGAGCAUUUUCCUCGGCGGCUGCGUGGUCGCCAUCCCCGUCGUCACGGGCGUCGCGCAAGGUGUCGAGCACCAAAAGAAGCAGAACGAAGAAGCCGCCAACGAGUCGCGCAUGUGGAAGUUCAACUGCCUCGUAGCCUGCGACGACCCCGAUUCGAUCGCGAAGGAAGAAAUUGACAAUGGCAUCCUCGUUGUGCGCCACGAUAAAGUCUGGGUCGUGCCGAGGGACGCGGACAACAAGCCCAUGUGGCCGGAUGGGAUAGAUGGGGAAGGGAAGGAGCCUCUGCAUCCAUUUGCGGGCUUUUACAUUGCGUACCCAGAUGAAGACAGGAGUCCGCCGGAAAGAGGGCUAGUCACCACCAUCAGCGACGACCCGCCGAUGCUGAACUGGGUUUACUGCGACACGAAGACGUACGAGCUACGCUACUCGAACCGUACCGGCAGCAUUAUGCAUCAUGUCGGUGUCUGGGACUGGACCGAAGACGAGACGCACCUCACAUUCGACGGCUGGGAAGGCUUCAUGGCCAUCGACGAAUGGGACGGUGCCGACGAAGAUCCGAAUACACCGUGGGGCAAGGAAGGACUUCGCUGGGCAGUGUACUUCGACAAAGACGAUAACGGGCUUAAGGGAAAACAUAAAGGAAGAGACAUGUUUGAGAUCAGUCUCAAGCGCAGGAUACAGAGCGCCGAAGAGCAGUUGAAGCAGAACGAGGCUGCGGAGAAGAAGAUGCAAGUCAAGAGUCGAGGUGGUCUUAGCACCCAGUUUGCUGCGCCCCAGAAAGAGCGAGACAAGGAGUGGGAGAAGAAGUUUGGCGAGAAAGCGAGGUUGGAGCUUGAGAGGAAGUUGGCGAAAGACAAGGAAGAAGGGCAAGGCCCAGAAUGGGCUAGAGGUGAUGUGGGGAAAGAAGACUGAGGACUACGACGACAUGAAUGUGCGAUUCACAGCGUCAAGUACGCCAUUUUCGAUCCCAUACGUACGCCUUCUCCCAAAAGCGCUCCUCAUCCCCUAAGUGCGCCAGGUCAUGCAAGGACUAUCGCGACGCCGAACUCCUCAUCAUCAACCAGAUUGUU